AGCGGCUGUCCGCCGCGCCGCCGUCGAGCGAGGGCGGCCGUAAAGGGAAUCUCGGUUGCGCGACAGCGAGCGGCGGCGGGCGGGUCUUAAAACAGGUCAGUUACUGAGAGUGAUGCAUCAAGUGCCUGAGAAACCACUUGUACAGUCACAUGUGAAGGGGCAUACUAAAGCAGUGAAGAGAAACUGAAGGAAGCAUUACAUGCCUUACUGAUCAUAAAACUGUUUCUGAAGUAUUUGGGCAAACUACAUGUAUAUGUAGUGAAAUCUACAAAGGUUGAAGGUGUGGAGAGCAUGGGUUACGAUAUUGAGCGCUUCGUGGGCUAUGUUAACGAGGGGCUCUUGUGCUCCAUCUGCCGAGACGUGUUGGAAGAUCCGCUGCAGGCUCCUUGCGAGCACGCUUUCUGCACCGCCUGUAUCCAUGGGUGGCUUGUUCACCACAGCAACUGCCCUGAAGACAGACAAGUGAUUGAUGUGGCUUUGCUGCGACCUCUCUACAGAUAUAUGAAAAAUGAUUUAAACCGUCUUCAGCUACAUUGCAGAAACAGAGAGUAUGGCUGUGAAAUGGUUUGUUCUCUGGAGUCUAUAGACAGGCAUGAAAGGGAGUGUGAGUACAGUCAGAUACCUUGCUCCAAUGCUGGCUGCAGCGUGCAGAUCGAGCGGCGUAACCUGGACGGGCACCUGGCGGUGUGCGAGUACCGGAGCCGGGAGUGCCCCAACGGCUGCGGCUACACCCUGCUCAGCGCGGAGGACUCGCAGCACAACUGCGUGGCCGAGCUGAGGACCGAGCUGGAGCUGCUUCGGUCAGAAAUGAUCUGCAGAGUGGAAGAGGCAAAACAUGAGAUGGAGUCAAGGUUAGAUUCACAGAGAAGGCAUAUGGUCCAAAAAGAGAGUAUUCUGCAAAAUGAAAUUGAAGAACUAAAGAGCCAGAUGUCACGAAUGAUGUCAGAUGUACGGUCUCUGAUGGCUGCGGAGAGGCAGCACCGUCAAGAGCUGGAGCAGGCAGAGCUGGAAAAACGGGAGUUAAUGGAGCUGCUGAAGGGGCUGCAGAAGGACUGUAGAUUGACCACUACAGAGGGAAGCAGGAAGUCAAAUUUCCGUCCUUUGACACGACUAGAGAGUGUAAAAAGAAAACCUAGGGAAGUUACAGUUAUCUAAAUAGUACUAAGCUCAAAAAGCAUUUUCUUCAAAUACUGGCUUCUGGCAAACUACUAUCUUUGAAUGAUUGGUAAACUUUAUAUAAUUUAUUAUUUACUUGGGGUUUUUUGAAGUCUAAAUUACAACUGAAUUUCCUUUGGGGCCAUAAAAACAAAGAGAAGAUUUUUUCCUAGGGGAAUACUGGUCAUUAAAACCAGUAAUUGGAAGACAUAUUUUUAGUUAAUGUUUUUAUAAAAAGGGAAAGGAUAUUUGAUUUGUUCUCUCUUUACUGCAUCACUUACAGGAAUCUUUCAACACUGAGAGCUACAGCAUUUUAAAGUCAAAGAUGCGGACUAUUAUGGACCAGGAAGAAAAAAACAUUUCAGUAUCACUGUUUGAAACAAGAAAGCAAAUGUGAUCAUUUGGGAUGUACUUAAUUUGGGGAAAAGAGAAUAGUAGAAUUAGUAAGUCAGUAACAGAAAUUAAUAAGAUUUUGUUUGUUUGUAGUCAGUAGAAGGUCUUAUUUCAAAGGUGGAAAGUAAGCACUUUAAAUUGUAAUUCUUCUGCUAUCUAAGAGCUUUGGGUGAGUUUGACUGUAGCUUUAGAGCUUCCUCUCAUUUCUGAGGCUGAUAACACACUGAAGAGACUAAUACUAAAGCCUGAGGUAGUAGAAUAACCUAAAACCCUUUAAACAGAUGUGUGAAUAACUUUGAGUUUGUGGGAAUGGAUCUGCUUCUUACUUUAGAAUUUGAAGCUUUUAUAUGUGAAAACUAUCAGGUAUUUCUACAGGAUCUUUUAAGCAUAAGACCAGUAAUUUGGUACUCAAUGUCUUUAUAUAUAAAUACCUAGAGUAACCUUAAUUUUCUUGUGGCAGGUUUAAGGCUACUUGAUAUGCACAAGAGAUGAAUAUUUGCACAGUCACUUGGGCUUCAGACAGCUGUGUUAGUGCUCAGGCAGACUUCAGGGAGUGCCAGAGCCUGGCACUGGCAUCAGAGGGUAACAGAACACCUGUGUGAGUGCAAGUAGGUCAGUGAUCUGCUCUGCUUAGCAGUGCUACUCAAAGCAGGGGUGCAAGGGUUAAGUGACAUUAGAGCAUCUAAGGAAGAGAGGGGCUGAUAGAGCCAUUCUCUGCCUCCCCUGAGGCAAAUGUACCAGUCAAAUGCACCUCAGAAAGUGGAGGAUCACUAGAGAUGAACCUAGAGUGGCAGGUCUGUGAUGCAGGCAAAACCAUUGACCCAGCUAAAGUGCAUCUACACCAACACACAGUGUGGGCAGCAAGCAGGAGGAGCUGGAAGCCAUUGUUCAGCAGGAAGGUUUUGAUGUUGUCACCAUCACAGAAACAUGGUGGGAUGACUGUCAUCAUGGGAGUGCUGCAGUGGCUGCAUAUGAGCUCUUUAGAAGAGACAGGCAAAGCAGGAGAGGUAGUGGGGUGGCACUGUACAAUAGGGAGUGUUUUGAUAGUAUUGAAAUUGAUGAUGAAGAUGACAAGGUUGAAUGCCUCUGGGUAAGGAUCACAGGGAAGGUCAGCAGGGCAGAUGUCAUGGUGGGAGUCCCUUGGAGACCACCAAGCCAGGAACAGGCUGAUGAGGCAUUCUACAAGCAGUGGCAGAGGCAUCACAGUCACCAGCCUUUGUGCUCAUGGAUGACUUCAACUUGUCAGAUGUCAGCUGGAAGUACAGCAGAGAGGAAGCAGCCUCGGGGGUUCCUAGAGUGUGUGGAAGACAG